AUGCAAUUUCCAUCCGCUUACACCAUUCUCCUGACCCUCAUCUCCACCCAUGUGGCGUCUGUAUCGGCACAAAACAACCCUAACGACUAUGACACCAUAUUCUGCGAGGACCACGGCUCAUAUAUUCCAGCAUUUAACAACGGGGUGAAGGUUUCACAACAGUCAUGUCCUGGUAAAAAGAAUGUUUUCACCGUUCGUCUUCCUUUCUUAUUUCCACCCCUUAUCUUGGUUGGGUUCUAUCUUCAAACGAUAUAAUUCAGAGGAAUAACAAGUACUAAUAUAACGCAGUGCAUGUCGUCGCCAUUCAAAGGGAAUGAUCAAUACCAUAUCGGCCGUCAGGGCUGUGAGAUAAUUCGUGAUGACGAAGGGUAUCAAAUUCCACCUGUGCCUCUUAAGGGUGACUAUCCUGUAAGUUGCCUUUUCUUCUUAUCUUCUUUGCCUUUUUGGGUGGCUUGGAAGGCGGGCUAGAAGCGUUUCUAAUUAUACUCCAGGGGAAAAUACAUUGUUGUGAUUAA